AUGAUUGAAGAGAUCAAGAUAUUCAAAGAUCUGCUAAAGAAACAUGCAGAAAGUGGUAAAAUGAUGUUUCUCGAGGAUGCCAGUUUGAACCUUACAAUCGAUGUUAUUGGUAGAGUUGCAAUAGCUAUCCUAUAUCGCCGACUAGCAUACCUGAUGUAUGCUCUUAAUCCCUGGAAGCGGGACCACAGAUUCUGCAGCCAAACUAGCUACAACGAAAUGACAGCAGCAUUGCGAAGGCAACUGUUAUGGUGCACGACAGAACUCGACAAACGCUAUCGAAGCAUUAAAGACAGUGAGAUACAGAAAAAAGACAAAUCGAUUGUGGAUCUAGCAUUUAAAGGGGAUCUCGCGGAAAAUCCUUCAGCAGCAGGCAUCGAUAAGAGUUUCCAAAAUUUUGCCAUGGCACAAAUAAAAUUAUUCAUCUUCGCUGGCCACGACACUGCUUCUGCUGGGGCCAACAUUGCGGAUGCUGAGUCUGUAAUUGCUUCAAAGCCUCAACUAUUGAACCAGCUUACUUAUACCAUUGCGGUCAUCAAAAAGAUUCUCCGCAUCUACCCCACUGUCGCCGCGCUUCGCGAUGGACAAUCUUAUUUUUCUUUGAUAGGAGACAAUGGUCUUCGUUUCCCCACCGAGCGAACAAUAGUCUGGGGCGAUCAUUAUGCCACACAUCAUAAUCCUGCCCAUUGGCCGCGAGCUGAAGAGUUUCUUCCAGAACGAUGGAUCGUAACCGAAGGCCACGAGCUCUAUCCACCCAAAAAUGGAUGGCGACCUUUUGAACGCGGUCCUCGCAAUUGUAUUGGUCAGGAAGUAGCCAUGACAGAAAUAAAACUCAUGCUUGCAUUGACGAUUCGAGAUUUUGAUUUCAAGGAUGCUUACGAGGAGUAUGAUGUUAUGAAGGGUCACCCAAAGGGUUUAACUGUAAAUGGUCAAAGAGCAUACAUGAUGCUUCGGGGAGGCGGCCAUCCGGCAGAUCAUUAUCCAUGCAAGGUAUCUUUCGCAAAGCAAAGAUAA